AUGCGUGGUGUCUCGGUGCUCACCUAUAUUUCUCUGAUAGCAUGGUCCCAUGCUCGGGCACUCCAGGUCAAUCCCCAGGUCAGCUCCACUCCGCCGCCCCUGGGCCAGGACACCAGUCCAGCUGGAAGUGCUCCGUCCGCCGUGAGCCUGCAGCCAGCUGUACAUGCUGUUUCUGCAGCUGUGGAUGACCCUGCGUAUUGGCUGGCGAACAUCGCCCAUCAGGGAAUUGCUGCAUUCAACUCAAAUCCUUCCGGCUACAAUGUCUUUCGUAGUGUGAAGGACUACGGAGCCAAAGGUAAUGAGUGCGAUGGAGUAACUGACGACACGGCUGCCAUUAAUUCUGCAAUCAGCGAUGGCGGUCGUUUUGGCCCAUCAAGCCGUCAGAGCUCCACCACCACGCCGGCCAUCGUAUACUUUCCGGCGGGGACCUACCUGAUUUCAUCCUCCAUCAUCGAUUACUAUUUCACGCAACUGAUCGGCAAUCCGAACUCCAUUCCAGUUAUUAAAGCCACUGCUGAUUUCACGGGACUGGGCCUGAUUGACGGAGACCAAUACCAGAGCGAUGGCAAUCAAGGUUGGAUCUCGACAAAUGUCUUCUUCAGACAGAUUCGCAACAUAAAGCUAGACUUGACGGCUAUCCCAGCCAGCUCGGGCGCGACUGGUAUCCAUUGGCCUACUGGACAGGCUUCGAGUAUCCAGAAUGUUCAGAUUGUGAUGAGCUCUGACCCGGGAACGCAGCACCAAGGACUAUUUAUCGAGAAUGGCUCUGGAGGCUUUUUGACCGACGUCACCAUCACUGGCGGCUUAUAUGGUGCGAACGUUGGCAAUCAGCAGUUCAUGAUGCGCAACCUGGUCGUAUCGAAUGCAGUCACUGGUAUCUCCCAGAUUUGGGACUGGGGCUGGACCUACCAGGGUAUUACCCUGACCAACUGCACAACUGCGGUAUCAAUCAACAAUGGCGGUCCGGGAAAUCAGCUCGUCGGAUCGGUCGUCAUUCUCGAUAGCACUAUUCGAAACUGCCCGACCUUCAUAGCUACUGCCUGGCAGAGUUCAACCUCAACAAACGGUAGUCUCAUCCUGGAAAAUAUUGUCCUUGAAAACGUCCCCGCCGCGGUCCAAGGGCCUAGCGGUACUAUCCUGGCCGGGUCGUCUCGCUUCACAACCAUCAGUGCUUGGGGUCAAGGCCAUAAGUAUACCCCAGAUGGGCCAAUCAAUUUCCAGGGCACCUUCAGUGCAUUAACGCGUCCCAACGACUUACUUACGGGUGUAUCUUCUAACUACUACACUAAGUCGAAACCGCAAUAUGAAUCGCUUCCCGCAUCCUCUUUCAUCAGUAUCAGAAGCGCAGGUGCCAAAGGAGACGGCUCUACCGACGACACCGCUACAAUCCAGUCUGCACUGACCUCGGCUGUGUCCUCGGGAAAGGUCGUGUUUUUCGACCAGGGUGUUUACAAAGUCACCAGCACUCUCUACUUCCCACCUGGCUCCCGGAUUGUCGGAGAGGGAUACUCGGUUAUUAUGGCCAGUGGUAGUAUCUGGGGGGAUAUCUCGAAGCCCGUCCCGGUGGUCCAGGUUGGCAAGUCUGGGCAGGCUGGGUCCUUCGAAUGGUCCGACAUGAUUCUUAGCACGCAGGGGUCUACUCCUGGUGCCGUGCUGAUCGAGUGGAACCUAGCAGCAGACUCGGGGUCGGGAAUGUGGGAUGUGCACACUCGGAUUGGAGGCUUUACGGGCUCCCAGCAACAAGUUGCGCAGUGCCCAAUUCCUGCAGCGGUCUCGGUGGCUUGCGAGGUUGCGUAUAUGUCCAUGCAUAUCACAAGCACCGCGAAUAGAGUCUACCUAGAGAACGUCUGGCUAUGGACAGCAGACCAUGAUCUCGACAGCGCAGACAACACUCGAAUCUCUGUCUACACUGGUCGUGGUCUGCUGGUCGAAGGAGAGAACAUCUGGCUCUACGGAACCGGAAGUGAGCACCACUCGCUAUAUCAGUACCAGUUCUCCAGCGCCAGGGCAAUCAUGGCAGGGUUUAUCCAGACCGAAACACCGUACUAUCAGCCCAAUCUCGAUGCAGCCAACGGGCCCUACCCGACGAACGCCAUUCUCAAAGAUCCCGACUACAGCAGCUGUCUCCCCGGAAACUGCGACGCUCUCAGUCUGCGUGUGCUCGACAGCCAAGACAUCCUCGUGUACGGAGCUGGCUUCUACAGCUUCUUCAACAACUAUGACACCGCGUGCUCCACUUUCCCGGUCCCGGAGAACUGCCAGAGCGAGAUAUUCAGCGUUGAAGGGAGCACGAGUGGCUUGGUGGUGUAUGCUCUCAGCACUGUGGGGACAACAAACAUGAUCGUCAGAGACGGAAUCUCACUGGCGGUAGUCAGCGAAAAUCUGGCGACGUAUGCUGCUACCAUUGCUUAUUUUACUCUCUAG